AUGUCUGGAAAGACAAAUCAUAUGUCUACUCCUACUUCACCAACCAAACAACUGUCGGCACAUUCCUCAUACAAAGCUAGUAGUACAAACACUAGCCCACAGGGAAGCAUAUCUAUCAAUAAAACGGUCUACCCACCGCAUCUCUAUAAAUCAAAGCCAUCCUCAUCCAAGAACCUCGUUCCCCCGACAACCACCGCUGACGAUAUUCAAAGAGCUGUGUUACUACUCCCACGAAGCUACCGCCACAUAUGUCCUUCUUCCUUCACGACACCCAACUUUAAGUGUUCAGUACCAAAUUGUAUGCUCCAGCAGAUCUGCCCAGAUUUCACAAGUGAGAAUGGGUGUUCAUUUCGGCCACCUCCUCUCAGCGACUGGCCCUGGAAAUAUCCACCUAGAGGUCCUCUUAUCAACCAAUCUCAACAGUGUAAAUACGCGCAUAUCCCAGGUACCUGUCUUCACACUCUCUCUUUUUACCGUGGCUCUGGAUCGUCGGAACAAACACUUGAAAACUCUUAUCCCGCAACAUCAAGUCAUUACUGCCCGAUAUCCAACUGCGCAGCAACCCGGUUUCACCCUUGGGGAUGUGCCAAGGAUUGGAAAACUGGAUUUACAGUCAAUGGUCUUACACCAUGUGUUCCAAGCUACAACAAUACAAACCAGUCACAACCGUAUAACGAAAAUUCUCCAGAAUGGCGAUGGAGACUUGUGAUGGAAGGUUUAAAAUUUGCGCAUGAGAGAGGAGAAUAUGGGUGUCAAGGUGGAAGUUUGCCAACUAAAGCAUCAUUCCCAAAAGGACAUAAGGGGGCAGAUUUGGGGAAUUGGGGUCCAGAUAUUUGUACUCGGAAGUCUAAGUCGAGUAACAGGAAAGCGCAUGCAAAAGAGGAGAGAGGUCGUUUGGGAGGUGUUAGUGGAAUGGGAAGUAUUAGAGAACGUGGAAGUGGAGGAGGUUCUUCUGAUACAAGAAGAAAGUUGACGAGGGAGAAUUCAACAAAACCAGCUUGA